UAAAGACUCUUUAUCUGCCUGUGGACAAGAUGAGCACACAUGAGUCAAAUCAUCAGUCCCACAUGAAUGGAUUUCAGCAGGAUAAUGGACAUGAGAAGAUCAAAGAGGUCAACAGUCCCUGGAACAACAGCUUUUUGUGUGUGCUGUGUGUUUUGUUGGGAGUCUCUCUCAUAACACUGUUGGAUUGCUGUCGUCCGUCCUCUGAACCCUGGGUUCUGUUGGGUUCUUCAGAAAAGCCGGUCUGGGACUGGACCUCUGUCUCUCUGCUGCUCUUAUAUACUCUCCUGCAGGGGGCGCUCUAUUAUCUACCUGUAGGACAGGUGAUGGAAGGCAAAAUAGGCUUUCAUGGAAAGCGUUUGAAAUACAAACUCAAUGGUCUCCAUGCGUUCAUAUUGAGCUUGGUUCUGCUCUUGACUCUGUGGUACUUUGGGUUUGUCCGGGCCAGCGGUUUGACCCACAGGUUAUUUUCAUUGGUGAGCGCGGGUGUGGCCGUCUCUCUGCUCUUCAGUCUGAUGUUGUACCUGUACCCACUACAAACAUCCUCCUCUACACAGGUGCACUAUGAGAGCACAGCGAAGCCCCUGUUGAAUUUCAUUCUGGGUCAAAUUAUGGACCCUCGUGUGGGCGACAUCGAUGUCAAACAGUUUGUCAUGGUCAGGAUCGGGUUUAUCGGCUGGGCUAUGAUGGAUGUGAUUUAUCUCCUGACUGCUAUAGAGAUGAAGGAUUCGCUCUCUGUCUCUAUGAUGCUUGUCAUUGGCUUUCAUCUCAUUUACAUAUUGGAUUUUCUCAUUGAUGAGGGAUCUAUACUGACAACCAAAGAGUUUACAGAGGAGCCCAUAGGGUUCAUUAUGAUUAUGGGCGAGUAUAUCUGGAUCCCUUUCUUCUCCAGUCUGCCCGUAUACUUUCUUCUUCAAAAGCCCAAUCACAUCCAUUAUCUGUCAGCUGUGCCCAUCUGUCUGCUGUUUGCUACUGGCUUCCUGAUUUACUAUCUGUCCAAUGAGCAGAAAGACGGUUUUCGUCGAAAUCCAAGUCAUCCAGCUUACACGAAUCUAGAGACCAUCAAAAGCCCGUCAGGAAAGAAUCUGCUGGUCUCGGGAUGGUUUGGCUGGGUCAGACACCCCAAUUAUCUGGGAGACAUUAUGAUGAUGUUAGCCUGGUGUCUCCCCUGUGGAUUCAGCAGCGCUGUCCCGUAUCUACCAGCACUACAGUGUUUUAAUUUACUGAGAAAACGAGCCAAUGAGAUUGAAGAGUCGUGUAUGAAGAAACAUGGAAGUGCAUGGAGAGAAUAUUGUACAAGAGUGCCAUACAAAGUGAUUCCUUAUGUCUACUGAAUAUCAUCUUUUACAUGAAUAUCAUGUGUUUAAGUUUGACUCUGACUAUUAAAUGUGACAUUUCAUUUCAUUA